AUGCAGGAUGCGAAUGUGCGUAAGCUCACGGCCAACGUUGCUCAAAAUGGAAGUGGCCAUGCAUACAAGCCGCCAGUUGCAGCUGUCCACAAUCGCGCCACUUCCAAUAGCCAUGCAAAAGCAUCAACCUCGCACGCGUCAUCACGCGCUGCAGCAGCAAAUGCAGCCGCUGCACUGAUGAAUUUAAAUUUGACGCCACAUCAGCAGCAUGUGUUGCAAAGUGCAGCAAAAAGUGGAUUACUGAAUGCGGCUACAGCACAAGCACUGCUGCAACAGGCGCAGCAACAAGCGCAAGCAAACGGUAUGUUUUUGAAACACUUUCAACAACAGCAGCAGCAGCAACAGCAACAGCAACAGCAACAGCAUUCACGAAGUGCCGUUGCGGCAGCAGCCCCAGCAGCCUCGAAAGAAACCUCGGCCCAGAAAGCCGCUGCCGCGAAGCUCGCGCUGCGACGACAACUGGAGCAACAGUUACUACAGAUUCCGGCGCCGCGUCUCCCGCCGCCCGAGAUGCAUUUCAUUCCGAAUAGCAAUGUAUUGGAGUUUCUUCCAUUACUAGGAUUAGAUAUUACUGUGCAGAGGUUGCUGAAAGACAAGACUGUUACAAAACGUGCUUCCGUGGGGCCUUAUUUAUGCGAAGAAUGUGGCACCGAUUUUACUCCUGUAUGGCGCGCAAUCGGGGCGGACGAGAAUUCACUCAAUCUUUACUGUGAUGCGUGUGUUAAAACAGCGCAAAAGAAGAAGAUGCGUCAGGAGCAUAUGGCGCUGCUCAGGAAGGCUUUCAAUAAAGUUGCAGAAAAGGAACAGGAGUUGGAGAAGCAAAUAGCUGAGGGCAAGUUCGAAACAGCAAGGCCGUCAUCUUCGACACCGCGGUCUUCAACUCCAGCUACACCACCUCAUGCUGCUCCUUCGCUGAAGGCAACUCCUUCCUCGUCAUCUGCCUCAAACAUCCAGAAAGCUUCCACUUCUGCUCAGCAGCAACAACAACAACAGCAGCACCACCAAAACAAAUCAGGCGGUCACAAGCGUCCAGCAGCAGCAUCGGCCAGCAGUAAUUUGAAUUCAGCUGCACCGCAAGCUGUGGCGCAGAAUGCAGCAGUUGCUGCAGCAGCACUUGCAGCUGCUGCAGGUGGUGGGACGGGUAACUUUUUGCAGCAACAAAUGGCUGCAGCUGCAUUGAGGCAGACCAAUCCGAUGCUUGCUGCAAUGAUGGCAAAUCCUUUGCUCAAUGCGCCAAAUAUGUUACAGUUUCAGUGGAACCCGUUGGUGCAGCAGCGCUUACCGAACCUGGCGAUGGCGGCACUUGCGCAAGCUGUACAAAAUGCACAGCAAAGUGGCGCUGCUGCAACAAAUGCUACAACGACACAAAAUGCAGCAGCUGUGGCAGCAGCGGCAGCCGCAAAUCCACUUGCAGCAUUUGCGGCAUCGCUCAAUCCGGCCACAGCGGCUGCGAUGCUCAGCAGUAGUCCACAAAUGGUUCGGCAGCUACAGCAACUGCAGCAUGCAAUGCACAGAAAUUUUUUGCUCGAAUAUGCAAAGAACCAGGGAAAAAAGUGA